AUUCUGAAGAGGUGUAGAAAAAUCAUCGACAAUGGACGAAGAAUUCCAAACAUAUCUCUGCCGUGAUUGAUUAGGAGGCUCCUAAUGGGAUAAAUAGCUGUCGUCAUCGUAGCCUCAAGAGAAAGACGAUUUUGUCGCAUUGUCGUUUGCAAAGUUGAUAUUUUGGAGAUACGGGAGUCUAUUUGAUGUAUUUGGAUGUGUUUGUUUAACCUUAUUUAGAAGCCUUUUCCCUAUCCUUCAUACUUGACUGCUAUUGCCAACGUUGGAAGAGGACAAUAAUCACCCUGCAUGCUGUCCGCAAUUCAUCACCCAUUUGCGAGCCCAAUUGUGUCUUUUAUACGUCCGCUCCGGCGAGCAGGUCACCAUUUGCGAGUUGCUGCACCUACGGUUCGGUCGGUCGCACGCACCGGUGGAAAAUUAACCAGGAUUACUUAUUCAUCUCCGCAUGAGACUGCUGUUGUGUUUGGACGUAAGCGAAUGCCAUUUGUAGUGACGGACACAACACCCAUCGUUGAUGAAUAAUGACCAUGACUUUGCCUGUUUAAAUGCUGGAUUUGGAAGAAAGGGAUUGAAGCCAGGAUAUUGUAGGGUUUCUCUCAAGGAUUUGACUGUCUAUUACAACACUAUCUGCACUAGUGAUUCUUUUCUUCAUUUUUGGUGCACAGAAGUGGUCUGUUCAGAAAAAUCUGAAAUCACAGCGGUUAUUUUGUCUGCAUUGUGCAGUGAUCACAAGAAAAGGGUGCAUUCACACGGCAAUGAACUGAUACAAUCAUUUGAAUCAUGGAGCAGUGGAGGAUAGAUUGUGUUGCAGUGGUGCUGCUAGCAUUGGUUGUCAUACUCACCAUUGGACAGUCAGCUGCAUCACCACCAGUUAUCACAGUUGGCCUGAAUAAUGAGGCUGGUAUAGAAGGGGGCACUGCAAUAUUCUACUGCAAGGCAACGGGUGACCCCGCCCCAACGUUUCAGUGGUACCGAAGCAAGAAGAGGGUGCGUGGAACUCGUUUUGAGAUCGUUGAGAUGGAGGGAGGAUCUGUGCUGAGGAUAUCUCCCCUUCGAAUUAAAGGUGGUAGUGGGGACCAUGAACACCCGGUGAUGUGUGAGGCAACCAACGAUGAUGGAAGAGCCACAACACAAGCAAGGCUGAUGGUUUACGAAGGUAAGCGUCAGGAUUGGGAUUAUAUGGUUAAGGAUCUGGGACUUACUAACACUAAGGUUUUCGAUGGAUUGAAAAUGUGAAAAUACCUUUUCAUAGAUAACAACUGUUCCUCUUUUGUAGUAUUUUAUACUCUUUAAAUUGUAGGUUUUAUGAAUUUUGUUUUCCUCAUAAUCGUUUAAUACACCUGUCGAGUGGAGCAAGUUGAAAGUACUCUUUUUAUGCCCAAUUUUUUUUUCUUCAUCCCUCAAAAUUUUGCAAUUCUCUUCACAGGGUUGGCAUCCAUGCCUUUUUAUGAUUGGUUCCUGGUUAAUGUUUUGAAUAAAAUGCAUAGGCAACAACAAUUUUCAAAACCUACUUGAAAUUUUUACAAAUGUAGUAGUCAAUGGGACAAAAGAUCGAAAUGAAUUCAAAAGAAUUGAAUUAGCUCUUUGUUUCAUUGAGCAAGUAAAUUGCAAAUUAAAUAUAAUGAAGGGAUAGAAAACGAUGCUACUAAGUAAGGUCUUCUUUAUGGGUUAAAUAAGAACAAUUUAAGGCCUUAUUCAAUUAUGAAUGUAUUGCUAUCUAAAACAGAUCACAUUCAUUUGCAACAGAGUAGUACACAUAAUGGUGACCUAAUAAUGAACUAUGUUAGCUUAAUGAGGUGUCAUGGCUAGACCCGACAGCCCUCUUCUAAUUAAAUUGAACCUAAUUGACAUAUAGCCUUUUAGCGUCAAUGAGCACUCGUAUUUGCCAACAUGAAUAUUUAAGUUAAUGAAGUAAUGGUAUGGGCUACCUACGUGCCUACGUGUAUUAUUUGCGUGUAUAUGAUGCCAUUAUUUUAUGAUGGGUGUUAUUAACAUGUAUAGCUAGUCAUACCAUACAGGGUAUAAAUUGGGGCAAUUUUUUUUUCAUAGAACACUCUGUCUUGUAGUGUUAAAAACGCAUCAGAAAAUAUCGAAGUAUAAAUCUUAAUUCUCAAACGGCACUUUGUAUCCUGGAAAAGGCGCUACAUUAUUAGUGUUUAAGUAUGAUUUUACACAUAUUUCAUAUUCAAAAUCCAAGAAUAUGGCUACAAUUUUGCUUAUUGACGAUGGUCUUCAAAGUUCUUUUUAAGUCUUAUAGUGAUCAGAUUCUCCAAUCAUUAAUGAGACAGGGAUCAACUACUUUAUAGGCCUAUAUACAUGCAAUCCGUUAAAUCAAGCUUCUGUAGACACUGAAGUAGGAGAAAAGGCAUUUGGACGUAUUUUCAUAAGGGGCUUUGAUAAAGAGGGCAGGGUUGUUUCGAAGAGUUGUCCCUCCUUAUUUGUUACUGUGUACAUUACCUGAUAUGAAGAUUUGCAGUUGGCUGCAGGGCCAAAAUUGAUUUUUCCAUUGAUGGGAAGAAUGAAAUUGGGUUAUUCAAAUGAUGGCCUACUUUUUUUUAGGAUCUAUAUUGUGUACUGAACAUGCUCUUAAGGCUAAAUAGAUUUGCGGCAUCUAUACUUCAUUCAUGAAAAUAAUAAUUGUGUUGAUAAAUGGAUGUUUGUAAUUCUCCAUGUUCCUUGUCAAUUUCAGCUUGUGAAAGAUAAUGUAAGGUGCAUUGCAAAAGGAAAUGAUCAUGUUUUCAUUUUCGGAUAUUUUGUUGCGUGUUUGCCUCAAUAGAUGUGGUGAAGUUAUUUGUGUGUAUGUGUUUAUUGAGAUUCAGGACAGGGACCGAUGUUUUACAAUGGGACAGGGUUUCUAAACCCUCUUUCUUUCCCCCACCCACCACCUCCCUCCCAUUUCUUUCUUUUUCUCUUUGCACAUUUGGUAUACCAUACAGUUUAUUAUAAUAGCAAACUUGUUUACUACAAUACCUGUUUAUCAAAGCGAACUCAGAUCUGGUGCCAUGAUGGCCCUUUGAGGCACGGGAGAUCAUCAAAUCAAACACAAUUGGUGUCUGUUUAUCACAGUACUUAUUAAAACCCAGCAACAUGAUGUUAAAAAGAAAAGAAAAAAUGAAAAUGAGAUGUAAUUGAGCAGAUAGUUACACGGUUCACCGGCGGAGCAGAUCAAAUGCUUCCAAGGCAUAAAAACAUGUUUUUAAUUGGGUUUCAAGCUGGGCGAAUCCACCAUGGAGACUUUCAUGAAGUGUCUUGCUGCUGAUUUUUGCCUGGCAGAUGCGCUCUCAGCCAAUCAGAUGCAAGGAUUUUAGUAGCUUAUAACAGUAAUUGUUGGUUGCUUCAUGAAAGGUUCCCCUGACCUUCUAUGGGUGAUUCAUUCAAAAUUCAUCUCAUGACUUUUAAGAUAUGGUGAUCAUCUCGAUUCGGCAACCUCCUGGGUAAAUGAAAUUUAUCGAAGAGAUGAAUAUUCUUAGUAUUUCAAAGAAGGGUUUAGGCCUAUUUAAAGUAAUUUUUCAUGCCUAUAAUAUUUGAACUGACGGACCUUUUUUCUCUCAGUAGCAAGUUGUUUGCAAAGAAAGAGAAGCACAAUUUGGUAUUCUUGAUUAACAAAAGAAAAUAUGAUGUAUGAAUAAAUGAAUUAUCAUUUAAUGAUAUGAAUAAUCAGUCCAUGAUUAUCAUCUAUUGGCACUUGACAUUUCUCAAAAUAGCUUUUCCCAAUCCCCUCCAUAAUAUCCAAUUGAUGGAUGCCCUGAAAUUAAAGCAUCCGUGAUAAAACCCAAAUCAAGGGUUGUCAACUUUUGAUGGAUUUUUAUGGAAAUUUCAAGUAAACAGCACUUUUUCAGUGAAUACAGAAUAUUUUGUGUGCAGUUCUGGCGAGAUAGAAUUUUACGAUUUUUUUUUAAACAAACAAAGUGCCAUAAAAAACUCUUUCAGUUGUAACUGAUGUGGUGCAAUUACUGCUACUCUUAGCAGUAGUAAUUUUCUCAUACCAGGAAGCGGAUUUGGGGACUGAAAUAAAAGGGGGGUAAAUAUUGUGGUCGUUAGAAACCCACAAGGCACAAUUAGCCCAUAGAACAAUAUUAUUCAGUUGUGAUAUUUCAGAACAAGACCAUUUCCUGUGAGUACAAUAUACUGUUGCAGCCAUUUCUAAGUUACAUUAUAUAUUAUAUACUACCUCCUUUUCUCACUACACCACUUCCCUGGAGUGGAUACAAACCCAAACUGGAU